UCGAUAACAGACAGGUCAGAAGCACUUUUACACAGCACAGCACAGUAUUAAUUUUUAGGCAUUAUAGAAGCACAUACAUUUAUAUUAAAGUUUUAAAUAUAUUUUAUUUAUCUUUAAAAUUUCAACACGGUUCUUCAGCAAGGUAUCAAAGUAUUUUUGGAGCAUUGUUGAUAUGUACAGAAGCGUUGCAAAGUCAAUUUUGACAACAAUCAGCAAGACAAACGCCAGGUUUAAAAGUCAAGAAAGAACGAUUUAUUCAUCGAUUUUCAACGGAAUCCUAAACCAAUCAGCCAAAAAGCUUGCCAGUCUCAAACGAGAAAAAUCGGAGCAGUUUACACAACAGGCUACAUUCAGUACAAGUAGAUCCUGGAAUCCAUUUUACGCCCGAAAGACCUCCUAUGAACGUAUUUUGGAGGUGGAUGGUAACAAAAAUUGCCCUGACUGCUCAAGCACGGAUGUCUGCUAUGUCAGCACCUUGAAUGGAGGAGUGUAUUGCCCUGUGUGUGCCGGGAUACAUCGAGAACUUGGAACACAUCCUGAUUUCGUAGCCCUCAAUAAUGAAAUCAACGUCAGCAUUGAAGACAUGCAGUUUUAUGAAUCAAUGGGUAACAAUUAUGUUAAUUACGUUUAUGAAGCAGCAUUGGACGUUGUUGGAGCAGACAAACCUACGAUCACAUCUACCAGGGGAGAAAUUUCGAAUUUCAUUAAACAGAAGUACAUGGAAUGCUCCUUCUCUGUGUCUCGAUAUGACAGACCAGCGACAGAAAAUGUUCUUUAUUUUAUUUCCAACAUGAAGGCACGUGGCAAUCUAAUACCUGACUUGCGAGAGAAGACAAAUGAACGAGUUGGCUCAACCUAUUCAGAUAUAAUGAGAGAGGCUUUUGACUCACCAUAUGUUCUUCAGAUGGCAGAGUAAGCUUGCACCACAAACCGAGUCACGAUUAAGAUUCUUCGUUGAAAACUAGCACUGCAUAAACUAUCGACAAUCUGAUGGCGAGAAUCUCAGUUAGAAUAGAGAAAGUCUAAAUUUCAGCCUUGACGGCAAAACUUUAGUAGCAAAGGCUGACAAAACUUUAGAAGCAUAUUAGUAAUAUAAACAAAAAAAUGCUGCUACACCUAAUCGUAAAUUAAAAUGAUAUAAAAUGCCUUUUAUAUAUCGAAUCUAUUACCGUGUGCACAUCUAACGUAAA